UCUCUCGUUAUUACCCAGUUUACUUACUCCUUUUACUUUGGCCUUGAGUUCUGCCUGAAGAAAAGAAGGUAUUCAUUUCACCCUGCAAAUCAGCAGAUCCAACCAAAAUCCCCAUCUUUUUUGUCUAAUACAACUUUGGUCGGCAAUGCUGAAGCUUCAAAAUUCUCUUUUUCUUCUACUCCUUUUGUGUCUCUGCUUUGUUUUCAUCACUGAAGCUUCAGUUCAUGAGUACAAUGGAGAGAAGUUCGUCAGUAAAGGCAACGCAUUCGUCGUCCAUGGCGGCAGUGAAGGCAUUUAUUCCUCAUUUGCUGACCCCCAAAAUGUAAAUGCCAUUGGUGGUGACUCUUACAUCCGUUUUGAGAAGAUUACAUUCCGCAGACCAAAAGUAUUUGCUAACUUUAGCUCACGGUCUAUCCAAGUAAUUGUUUUUGAAGUGGAAGAUAGAGAGACUAUUGGUGGUUCAGCUUAUGGGGGUCAAAGGGCUGUUUGUUGCACGGCAGAUCUUGCAAAACUGGGUGUUUGUUCAGAAGGAGAAGUUAUUCAUCGCCCUUCCACAGAGAAUCCUGGCUGGCCCAAAGUGUCUGGCAUCUCGUUUAAUGGAGAUGAUGAGGUUGCAACAUUGCCAUCAAAGUCUAUACAGAUUAGUAAAAGUGGGAUGUAUAACUUAUACUUCAUUCACUGUGAUUUAAAUCUUAAGGAUUUGACUGUAGUGGGGAAAACUGUAUGGAAAAAUCCUACUGGCUAUCUACCUGGUAGAAUGGCACCCCUGAUGAAUUUCUAUGGGUUCAUGUCCCUUGCUUUUUUUAUCCUCGGAAUCUUUUGGUUCUCGCAGUAUGCAAGAUUUUGGAGAGAGGUUCUUCCUUUGCAAAACUGUAUAACAUUAGUGAUAACACUUGGCAUGCUUGAGAUGGCUCUUUGGUAUUUUGAUUAUGCUGAAUUCAACGGGAGUGGAAUCAGGCCUGUUGGUAUCACCAUGUGGGCAGUCACCUUUGGUGCUAUUAAACGUACAACUUCACGGAUUAUUAUUUUGAUGGUUUCCAUGGGUUAUGGUGUUGUGAGACCUACUCUUGGUGGGCUUACUUCAAAGGUAAUCAUGCUUGGAGCAACCUUCUUCCUGGCAUCUGAAGUUCUUGAAUUGGUAGAAAAUGUUAGUGCAGUUAGUGAUCUUUCUGGAAAGGCAAGACUGUUUUUGAUUCUUCCUGUAGCAACCUUAGAUGCCUUCUUCAUUCUUUGGAUAUUUACUUCUCUCUCAGCAACUUUAAAUAAACUUCAGGCUAGAAGGAUGGUGGUAAAGCUGGAUAUAUACAGGAAGUUCACAAACGCAUUGGCAGUAGCUGUUAUUGUGUCUGUUGGAUGGAUAUGUUAUGAGCUUUAUUUCAAGUCAAAUGAUGUUUACAAUGAGCAGUGGCAGAAUGCCUGGAUCAUCCCAGCCUUUUGGCAAGUCUUAUCUUUCUCUCUGCUAUGUGUCAUCUGUGUUCUUUGGGCACCCUCUCAGAAUUCAAUGCGGUAUGCUUACUCUGAAGAAGCAAGUGAAGAUUUUGAAAAAGAUGAUACUACUUUGACACUCAUAAAACCCUCCCCAACGCCUUCAAAAGAUUUUAGAAAUGCACCAGAAGCUAGAUCAGUGCAGGGCAGUAAUGGAGCAUCGAAUGGUGAUGUGGAAGAAGACAAAACAGAGUGACUGAAAAACCUUAGGUGUGAAUCUGUGAUGCUUUCAACUCAGUUCAACAUUAUGAUUCAAUUAAUUUGAGGCCUUGUUAUUGCGAUGAUCCAACUUUUCUCUGAACUACAAUGAUAUCAAUUGGGGUAUGGCAAGCCGAUCAUUGCAAACAAAAGUCACUUGUUGAGCAUUUUGUUUCCCUUUUCAAGGACAUAUUGUUUCUUUUUAUUUGUUCAUCAGUUAAAUUUUUCAGUAAAUUGUUCAUCGAUUAGUUGUUACCAAGGGAACAGGCAAUCUGGGCAAUGUCCUUUUUUAUAUUAAUAUAGUUUGUGACACGUUAUCUUAACAGGUUUUUUUUUUUUUUUUAAUCUUAUGUUGAACUGGUAGCCUCUACUAGUCGGAGAAAAUCCGUGAAAUGAGAAGUCACCAACUCUUGUUGAAGGCGAUUUAUCCUCCAGAAUCCUCGUCAAAAAGGCCAUUUUGUCCUGACCAUA